GACACAGAGUUCGUGCAGUGCGGAGCCAAUGAGCGCUUAAAGGGGAGUCACCCUCUAAAGUUUCUUGGGGAUUGAUGAAAUUGGAGCCCAAAGACAUGUAAAGUUGUAGGCUAUGUGUUUGUUUCGAUACAAUUCUAAAGUCUGCGCUAAUCAGACAAGCUUAUCGAUAUUAAACAGACACUCAUCAAUAGCUUGAUUUUGGAGAACAUUUAAACAGUUACGUGGAUUUUUCUUGAGAAAACGGUUAUAUUUGCAGACUGAGUUUAUCUAACGGUUUAAGACAAGACAGCAAAAGGGGCUUCUUCAGGACUUCCUCUACCACCACAAAGAGAGCCCUAGAUGGAGAAGUCCCCUUUACCGACUGAUGAUGGCGGCCAUGGCCUGGGUGAGAGCCACUCAGACGCGGCACUGGUGUCUGUGGGAGGGCCGGUCCCAGGUGGGGAGGCCGGGCCAGCGGAAGACCGUCCAGCAUGGGACAGCAAGCUGCAGUACGUCCUGGCCCAGGUGGGCUUCAGCGUCGGCCUGGGGAACGUUUGGAGGUUCCCUUACCUCUGCCAUCAGAAUGGAGGAGGAGCGUUCAUGGUUCUGUAUGUGAUGUUGUUGAUGGUGGUGGGGGUGCCGCUGUUCUUCAUGGAGCUGGCUGCUGGCCAGAGCAUCAGACAGGGCAGCAUUGGCGUGUGGAAACACAUCUCUCCUCGGCUGGCUGGGAUUGGCUACUCCAGCUGCAUGGUGUGCUUCUUUGUGGCUCUCUACUACAAUGUGAUCAUUGCUUGGUCUCUCUUCUACCUUGGAAACUCUUUUCAGUACCCGUUACCAUGGGAACACUGCCCCAUAGAUCACAGCACUAACGCGACAGUUAAGGAAUGCUCUGAAAGCUCUCCCACCUCCUACUUCUGGUUCCGUAAGGCAUUGGACAUCGCUGACUCGAUAGAUGAAUCUGGAGAUUUUAACCCCAUCAUGACUGGCUGUUUGCUGGCUGCCUGGGCUAUUGUGUGCCUCGCCAUGAUAAAGGGCAUCAAGUCCUCAGCCAAGGUGAUGUAUUUCUCCUCCGUGUUCCCGUACGCCGUUCUCUUCAUCUUUCUUAUCAGAGGCCUGAUGCUGGAUGGGGCCAUAGAUGGAAUCAAGUACAUGUUCUACCCCAAGCUAGAGAUCUGGGGCAGGGUCCAGGUGUGGCGUCAGGCGGCCACUCAGGUGUUCUUUGCGCUGGGGCUGGGCUAUGGCUCGGUCAUUGCCUACUCUUCCUAUAAUCCCGUCCAGAACAACUGCCACCGCGACGCCGUUAUGGUGUCCAUCAUCAACUUCAUGACCUCUGUGCUGGCCUCCCUCGUCGUGUUCGUGGUGCUGGGCUUCCGGGCCAAGACCAUUGCGUUAGGCUGUGUGGCAAGGAACCUGGGGGUGAUGUCAGAGCUGGCUGGAGUACCUGGUACAUCUCAGCACUGGUGGCCGUGGUUCAACAUGUCCGAGCCUAGCUCUGUAGGCCUGGACGACUACAGAGAGUGGUACAAACUCUUUGGUGCACAAGUGGGGGCAAACAUAACUGACUGUAACCCUGAGAAUGAGAUGAAUAAGGGUGUGGAGGGGACAGGUCUUGCAUUCAUAGCCUUCACUGAGGCCAUGGCUCUGUUUCCUGCCAGCCCGUUGUGGUCGGCGCUCUUCUUCCUCAUGCUGCUCAACCUGGGCCUCAGCACCAUGUUUGGCACCAUGCAGGGCAUCCUCACCCCCCUCAUGGACAACUUCAGCCUGCUGGGGCGCCACAGAACCAUGCUCACAGUGGGUAGCUGUUCCCUGGGAUUUCUGAUCGGACUUCUGUUUACCCAGCGUAGUGGGAACUACUUUGUGACGAUGUUUGAUGACUACUCUGCCACCCUGCCUCUUAUCAUUGUGGUCAUUUUUGAGACGGCGAGUGUUUCCUGGGUCUAUGGAGCUGACAGGUUCCUGGAUGAUAUUGAGGUGAUGUUGAAGUGGCGGCCUCCAAGCAUCUACAAGUACAUGUGGAAGUAUGUUUGCCUGCUGUCUAUGGUGGGACUCCUGGCUGCCAGCCUGCUACGCAUGGUCAUCAAACGGCCCACCUACACCGCCUGGGACCAUGCCACGGCCACUGAAAACACUUUAGCCUACCCUGGCUGGGCUCUGGCCGUAUUGUCUAUGCUGAUUCUGGCUGCUUCUCUGCCCGUGCCAAUCGGCUAUGUUCUAUCAAUCAUAAAAGAUGGGCGGAGCUCGCCCGACGAGGGGAGGAGCCCCGACGUGCACAGGGAUCGGUACGCCAAGUGUGAGUCCUCUGACCGCGAGACCGUCCAUUCAAACGGUCCGGUAAAUGAGCUGGAGGAAAUGGCCAGGGCAGCCUUCCUCCCAUUGGGCCACGAUCACUACCGGCUCCUCCCACAGCAGGAAGAUGGGGAUGAAGAGGAAGAGGAAGACACAGUUGUGUAAAUGUGAGUGCUGUUGGUGAAAUACUGAAAAGAAGGAUUGAAAGAUCGCUAUAGAAACAAAUAUGAUAUGG